GUGGGCGUCAUUAUCAAAUCGAAAGUAUCGCGAAGUGAAAGUGAAUUGCGCGAGCCACCUGAACGUCUGCUGCUGAGUGUACCGUGAUCUUUUUCUCUGAAAAUAACGAAGAAUUGCUUUCAUUAUGUCCAAAGCUCAUGUACUGAAGUUAAACUCUGAUAAUGCAGUGAGGAUAGAAAACUACCGCCAGUCACUGUAUAAGCAGGCAGAAGAGUUAUUCUCCAAUCACAUACCUUUGAAGAUCUCACAGCUUGACAACCUGCUGAAGGGGGAUGAGUUCAGUAUCACUGACCUCUCGACUCUCCAUGCACCCCUGGACAUUCCCAUUCCUGACCCUCCUGCUGCUGACGAUGAGGAGAUGGAGACAGACAAAAAUGAAGAUGAUGAGAAAAAGAAGAAAGCUCCCAAAUGUGGCUUCAUUAAAGGAAAUGAGCGGAUUGUGAAGUUGCUGGAUAUUGUAAAACCGGAGAUAAUGGCCCUGAAAGAGACCUGCAUCACUGUCUCUUGCUGGAUUGCUCAUCUGAUUCCAAAAAUAGAAGAUGGAAAUGAUUUUGGAGUUGCAAUUCAGGAAAAAAUCCUUGAGAGAAUUACUGCUGUGAAGACCAAGGUGGAGGGUUUUCAGACCAACAUUAACAAGUACUUCUCAGAGAGAGGUGAUGCAGUGGCCAAAGCUUCCAAAGACACCCAUGUGAUGGAUUAUCGCUCUCUGGUGCACGAGAAGGAUGAAGCAGCAUAUUCUGAGAUCAGAGUGAUUGUGCUUGAUAUACGCGGUUUCUACGCUGAACUGUAUGACGUCAUCAGCAAGAACCUGGAGAAAGUGACAAAUCCCAAAGGAGAAGAGAAGCCAUCCAUGUACUGAGACAGAUGCUUACUGGGACUUAAAUAUAUGAUGUAGUUGUACAACUAGACCAGUUUUCAGAAUUUCUUAUUUCUCUUCAUCAUUUUUCACAUUCUAGAUACAGUAGAUACAUGACACUUUUGACAGUAGAUACAUCUUUAAAGUGAGUACAUAUUCAUAGGACAUAUUCUUAAAGCAAAGAACCAUAUUAAAACCAAUGAUUUUACAAAGUA